AUGAACACACCCGAUGACUCUAGUGUCUCGAGUGUAGACUCGCAUCAGCCCUAUAUGGGUUUUGAUGACAACGUCGAGAAACGUAUACGGGAGCUCGCCCGGUCGCUGACCCAGCAGAGCUUAACGUCGUCAAACCGGUCCGUAAACAAAGAGGCCCCCGCAGAUGGCAGCGCGCCAUUGGACAGAGUCUCAACGCGGGCGUCCUCCAUUUUCAGCGCGGACUUUAAAGGUGUCAACCCUGUCUUUUCGGACGAGGAGGAAGACGACUACGAUGCCCGUCUGGACCCCAACAGCGAUGAGUUCUCCAGUAAAGCGUGGGUCCAGAACAUGGCCAAGAUCACAACUGGGGACCCGGAGUUCUACAAGCCGUACUCGAUCGGGUGCUGCUGGAAGGACCUGAGCGCCUCUGGUGAGUCCGCCGAUGUGUCAUACCAGAGCACUUUCCUGAACCUGCCCGUGAAGCUGCUAAACGCCGUCUGGCGUAAGGCGAGACCCGCCAGAGAGAGCGAUACAUUCCGCAUCCUGAAGCCCAUGGACGGGCUGUUGAAGCCCGGUGAGCUGCUUGUGGUGCUGGGCAGACCCGGUUCCGGUUGUACCACGCUGCUGAAGUCCAUCUCCUCGACCACGCACGGGUUCCAGAUUAGCAAGGACUCCGUGAUCUCCUACAAUGGCCUGACGCCCAACGAGAUCAAGAAGCACUACCGUGGUGAAGUUGUGUACAACGCCGAGGCAGAUAUCCACCUGCCCCACCUGACGGUAUACCAGACAUUGGUCACUGUGGCCAGGUUGAAGACCCCACAGAACCGUGUCAAAGGUGUCACCAGAGAGGACUUCGCCAACCAUGUAACAGAUGUCGCUAUGGCCACCUACGGUCUUUCCCACACAAGGGACACAAAGGUCGGUAAUGACCUGGUCAGAGGUGUCUCCGGUGGUGAGCGUAAGCGUGUGUCUAUCGCUGAAGUGUGGAUCUGUGGCUCAAAGUUCCAAUGCUGGGAUAACGCUACGAGAGGUCUCGACUCUGCCACUGCGCUGGAAUUCGUAAGAGCUCUGAAGACACAGGCACACAUUGCAAAAAAUGUGGCCACCGUGGCUAUCUACCAGUGUUCGCAAGACGCCUACAAUCUCUUCAACAAAGUAUCCGUGCUUUAUGAAGGCUACCAGAUUUAUUUUGGUGACGCCCAGCACGCAAAGGUAUACUUCCAGAAGAUGGGUUACUUCUGUCCUAAGAGACAGACCAUCCCUGACUUCUUGACUUCGAUCACUUCACCUGCAGAGAGAAGAAUAAACAAGGAGUACUUGGAUAAAGGCAUUAAAGUGCCACAGACGCCAUUGGAUAUGGUUGAGUACUGGCACAACUCCGAGGAAUAUAAGCAACUAAGAGAAGAGAUAGACGAAACACUGGCACAUCAAUCAGAAGAUGAUAAAGAAGAAAUUAAAGAAGCCCACAUCGCUAAGCAAUCAAAGAGAGCUAGACCCUCAUCCCCAUAUGUGGUAAGCUACAUGAUGCAAGUCAAGUAUAUUCUCAUAAGAAAUUUCUGGAGAAUUAAAAAUAGUGCAAGUGUCACGUUAUUCCAAGUCUUCGGUAAUUCAGCAAUGGCCUUCAUUCUGGGAUCUAUGUUCUACAAAAUUCAAAAGGGUUCUUCUGCUGACACUUUCUAUUUCAGAGGUGCAGCCAUGUUCUUUGCCAUCUUGUUUAAUGCUUUCUCCUCUUUGCUGGAAAUUUUCUCUUUAUAUGAGGCAAGACCAAUCACCGAAAAACACAGAACAUAUUCUCUAUACCACCCAAGUGCUGACGCUUUUGCAUCUGUUAUAUCUGAAAUCCCACCAAAGAUUGUUACAGCUAUUCUUUUCAAUAUCAUCUUCUAUUUCCUGGUGAACUUCAGAAGAGAUGCUGGUAGAUUCUUCUUCUAUUUCCUAAUCAAUGUUAUCGCUGUUUUUGCCAUGUCCCAUCUUUUCAGAUGUGUUGGGUCUUUAACAAAGACUUUACAAGAGGCCAUGGUACCUGCAUCGAUGUUAUUGUUGGCGCUAUCAAUGUAUACUGGUUUUGCUAUUCCUCGGACAAAGAUGUUAGGUUGGUCAAAAUGGAUCUGGUACAUCAACCCUCUUGCAUACCUAUUUGAAUCUUUGAUGGUCAAUGAAUUCCAUGAUCGUAGAUUCCCAUGUAACACUUAUAUUCCCAGAGGCGGGGCAUAUAACGAUGUUACAGGUACCGAAAGAGUAUGUGCAUCCGUUGGUGCAAGACCUGGUAAUGAUUAUGUUCUUGGUGAUGACUUCUUGAAGGAGAGUUACGAUUACGAAAAUAAACACAAGUGGCGUGGGUUCGGUGUUGGUAUGGCCUAUGUUAUCUUCUUCUUCUUUGUGUACUUAAUUCUGUGUGAGUUCAAUGAAGGUGCUAAACAGAAAGGUGAAAUGCUAGUUUUCCCUCAUAGCGUUGUUAAGCGUAUGAAGAAGGAGGGUAAAAUUCGUGACAAGACGAAGAUGCACACAGACAAGAAUGAUAUCGAGAACAACUCCGAAUCUAUAACCUCCAAUGCGACCAACGAAAAAAACAUGCUACAAGAUACAUAUGAUGAAAAUGCUGAUUCUGAGUCCAUUACCAGUGGAAGUAGAGGUGGUAGCCCUCAAGUUGGUUUAUCUAAAUCAGAAGCAAUCUUUCAUUGGCAAAAUCUGUGUUAUGAUGUACCAAUCAAGACAGAGGUAAGAAGAAUCUUGAACAAUGUCGAUGGUUGGGUUAAACCAGGUACACUAACUGCUUUAAUGGGUGCAUCCGGUGCAGGUAAAACAACAUUAUUGGAUUGUUUGGCUGAAAGAACUACAAUGGGUGUUAUUACAGGUGAUGUUAUGGUUAAUGGUAGACCAAGAGAUACUUCAUUUUCAAGAUCUAUUGGUUAUUGUCAGCAACAAGAUUUACAUUUGAAAACUGCAACGGUAAGAGAAUCGCUAAGAUUUUCAGCUUACUUGAGACAACCUUCUAGUGUAUCAAUUGAAGAAAAAAAUGAAUAUGUUGAGGCUGUUAUUAAGAUCCUAGAAAUGGAAACUUACGCAGAUGCAGUUGUUGGUGUCCCUGGUGAAGGUUUGAAUGUUGAACAAAGAAAAAGAUUAACUAUUGGUGUUGAAUUAGCUGCAAAGCCGAAAUUGUUAGUGUUUUUGGAUGAACCAACUUCUGGUUUGGAUUCGCAAACCGCUUGGGCAACAUGCCAACUGAUGAAGAAACUGGCAAACCACGGACAAGCAAUCUUAUGCACUAUUCACCAACCUUCUGCUAUGCUAAUGCAGGAAUUUGACAGAUUGCUGUUCUUACAAAAGGGUGGUCAAACUGUUUAUUUUGGUGACUUGGGUAAAGGAUGUAAAACAAUGAUCAAAUACUUUGAGGAUCAUGGUGCACAUAAAUGCCCUCCAGAUGCAAAUCCAGCUGAAUGGAUGUUAGAAGUAGUUGGAGCAGCUCCAGGCUCACAUGCAAACCAAGACUACCAUGAGGUGUGGAGAAAUUCCGAACAGUUCAAACAAGUUAAACAAGAACUAGAACAAAUGGAAAAAGAGCUUUCCCAAAAGGAGCUGGAUAAUGAUGAGGACGCUAAUAAGGAAUUCGCAACAUCGCUAUGGUAUCAAUUCCAGCUUGUCUGUGUGAGAUUAUUUCAGCAGUAUUGGAGGACUCCGGACUACUUAUGGUCCAAGUACAUUUUGACUAUCUUUAAUCAACUGUUUAUUGGGUUCACAUUUUUCAAAGCAGAUCAUACUUUACAAGGCUUACAAAAUCAAAUGCUUUCUAUUUUCAUGUACACAGUUAUUUUCAACCCGUUACUACAGCAGUACUUGCCUACAUUUGUUCAGCAAAGAGAUUUAUAUGAAGCAAGGGAACGCCCAUCUAGAACUUUCUCAUGGAAGGCAUUUAUAUUGGCUCAGAUAGUGGUAGAAGUUCCUUGGAAUAUCGUUGCUGGUACAUUAGCCUACUGUAUCUACUAUUACUCUGUUGGUUUCUAUGCUAAUGCCUCUCAAGCCCACCAGUUGCACGAAAGAGGUGCAUUAUUCUGGUUGUUUUCCAUCGCGUUUUAUGUUUAUGUUGGAUCCUUAGGUCUAUUUGUUAUUUCAUUCAACGAAGUUGCUGAGACUGCCGCUCACAUUGGUUCCUUAAUGUUCACAAUGGCCCUAUCAUUUUGUGGUGUGAUGGCUACUCCAGAUGCCAUGCCCAGAUUCUGGAUUUUCAUGUACAGAGUCUCACCAUUAACCUAUUUGAUUGAUGCAUUAUUAUCCACAGGUGUGGCUAAUGUUGAUAUCAGAUGCUCUAAUACAGAACUGGUCACAUUUACUCCGCCACAGGGCUUAACAUGUGGUCAAUAUAUGACUCCUUAUCUGAAUGUAGCAGGUACUGGAUAUUUAACUGAUCCAUCUGCUACCGAUGAAUGUCAUUUCUGUCAAUUCUCUUACACCAAUGAUUUCUUGGCCACUGUGAGUUCCAAAUACUACAGAAGAUGGCGUAAUUAUGGUAUAUUUAUUUGUUUCAUUGUAUUUGAUUAUGUGGCUGGUAUCUUCCUCUAUUGGCUGGCAAGAGUGCCUAAAACCAAUGGUAAAAUUGCUAAAAACGGUAAAACAGCCAAGGUUAAUUUUAUUAGAAGGUUAAUUCCCUUCUAG